AUGCCAAGUUUCGGUGCGACUCCUACUACUUCUGCAGUUUCGAGUACAGUUGCAACGGCUUCAAUAGCGGCGCCUGCCAGCUCAGCUGCGCCUUCCAGCAGCGCAGGUUUGUUUACAGGGUUUGGAGUGUCCUCCGCAGCUGCUUCUUUAGGGACUACUACUGCUGCUGCUUCUUAUACUGGCUUUUCCUCGCUGACAAAAGGGUCGACGCUUGCUUCCUCAUCACAAGCGCAACCAAGCACGACUUUGCCUGCAUUUGGUGCCACUACUUCAGCACCUGUAGCUGCAACAACAACCAGUACAAGUACCACUGCAAUUCAGACAUCAACAUCACUUAUUGUGGCUUCCACUAGUGGGACAACUUCAACUGUCAGCACUACAGUAUCUACUGCACCAAAAUUACCGUCUGAGAUCACAGGGAAGACUGUGGAGGAGAUCAUCAAGGAGUGGAAUGCUGAGCUCCAAGAACGUACUGGAAAAUUCCGAAAGCAGGCCAAUGCAAUAGCAGACUGGGACAAGAGGAUUUUGCAGAACCGUGAUGUUCUUCUUAGACUCGAGAUUGAAGUGGCGAAAGUGGUUGAAACCCAAGCUAACUUGGAGCGGCAGCUAGAGUUAAUUGAGACUCAUCAGCAAGAGGUUGAUAAGGCUUUGCAAAGCAUGGAAGAAGAAGCUGAGCGUAUAUACAAGGACGAGCGUGGAUUGGUUCUUGAUGAUGAAGCUGCAUCAACAAGAGAUGCUAUGUAUGAGCAAGCUGAGUUUAUAGAGAGAGAACUGGAGCAGGUGACAGAACAGAUCAAAUCAAUUAUUCAGACCCUAAAUGCCAACCAGGGAGGAGAACUUGAUACAAAUGAUGGGAUGGCUCCAUUAGAUAUGGUUGUACGAAUCUUAAACAAUCAGCUCAGUUCUUUAAUGUGGAUUGAUGAAAAGGCUGAAGAGUUCUCGUCGCGAAUUCAGAAGCUUGCCAAUCAAGGUCCUGCUGCAGAUCGUGAAUUAAUGAGUCCAAAAUACUGGAUGUCCUGA